UGACAUAAAUUUCCCAAGAACCAAGUCAAGCAAAAAAAUCUCAAUUAGCAACACAUAAACCUCAAAGCUGUAUCCACUCUCUCAAGCAAUUAACAUGGCAACAACAUUAAUCCCCUCAGAUCUCACUGAAUUUGUGAUGCUUCAAGGGAAUGGAGUAAAGGGCCUCUCUGAAAUGGGCCUAAAGAGCCUCCCAAGUCAAUACAUCCAACCUUUGGAAGAGAUAAUGAUCAAUGUUUUGCCACAAGAGUCCAUUCCCAUCAUUGACAUGUCCAAUUGGGAUGACCCGAAAGUGCAAGAUUCAAUUUGUGAUGCAGCUGAGAAGUGGGGCUUCUUCCAAAUCAUCAAUCAUGGGGUGCCCCCUCAAGUGUUGGACAAUGUCAAGGAUGCAACUUAUAGGUUUUAUGGGUUGCCACCUGAGGAGAAGGUUAAGUACACAAAAGAGAAUUCUUCAACAAAGCAUGUGAGGUAUGGGUCUAGCUUUAGCCCUGAAGCAGAGAAAGCCCUAGAGUGGAAGGAUUAUCUCAGCCUCUUCUAUGUUUCUGAGGAUGAGGCUGCAACAACAUGGCCCCCUGCAUGCAGGGAUGAAGCACUGGAAUACAUGAAGAGGUCUGAAAUCUUUAUCAAACGACUUUUAAAUGUGCUAAUGAAGAGGCUAAAUGUAAGUGAAAUUGAUGAGACAAAUGAAUCAAUAUUUAUGGGUUCAAAAAGGAUCAAUCUCAAUUAUUAUCCUGUUUGCCCUAAUCAUGACCUAACGGUAGCAAUAGGGCGACACUCUGAUGUCUCAACUCUAACCGUUCUCCUCCAAGAUGAAACCGGUGGCCUCUACGUCCGAGCACCGAACCACCACGACUGGAUUCAUGUGCCACCCGUCUUCGGUGCUAUAGUGAUCAAUAUAGGUGAUGCACUCCAAAUACUGAGCAAUGGGCGAUACAAGAGUAUUGAGCAUCGUGUGUCUGCCAACGGAAGCAAGAGUAGGGUUUCAAUGCCUAUUUUUGUAAACCCUAGACCCUCAGAUGUUAUUGGCCCUUUGCCUCAAGUGCUUGCUAGUGGUGAGAAGGCCAUGUAUAAAAAUGUGUUGUAUUCGGAUUAUGUGAAGCAUUUCUUCAGGAAAGCUCAUGAUGGAAAGUUGACAAUUGACUAUGCCAAGAUAUGCUGAGCUUAAUUCCUUUGGGAGGUACUACAGCAAUGCAGAUAUUUGAAGAGAUUUAAUCAUGAUAUGAUGCAAAUUAUUUAUUCAAACUUUUCUGCAUUAUAUAACUUACGUUGAAGAAUAUUAUUUAGAUGCAUGUGUGUUCAAAAUAAAGUGGCUUUGAGGGUUAGUUUUAUAUUAUUAGGAUGGUGAAAAUCCCACAAGUCAAAAAGUUCCGUAAUCUGUUUUUCUUUUUUCUUUUUAAUCAUUUCAAUGUACUUUACAACUGUUAUACACAUGGACACAUUGUUGUAACUAGAAUUGAUAUUUUUUCUUUUAUAAGA